GUUUGACGUUGUUUUGACAGAUUGUGCGAAAGCCUUUGAUCGGGUUGAUCAAGUUGGGUAAAUCUGGGUUCUCAAAAAGUGCAUGUGAGCUUAUGGCAUCAUACCUAACUUUAAGGCCGCCGCAGAUUAAAGUUGCUGAGAAAAACAAGUGCUUCGAUGUUCUCUUGAAGAUGCUAACAUAUUUAGGGAUUCACUUGUCAGGUAUUUGGAAAACCAGUUUGCCUAGUGAAAAAGCCCUAAACCUUCUAAGCUGACCAGGAAGAACCUUCACUAGCACAUAAUCUGUUGGUAUAUACAAAAAUAUACAACGGAGGUACAUAAUGUGUAUGACACAUCUUAACUGAUUGACAUGUAUACUUUUAGAAAUUG